AUGGAAGCCAAGGAACUCAAGGACUGGGGGACUGAGAAAACUGGUCCCACUUCAAGGCACUCUCUGGCCACUUGCAGGUUCUGGUGGUCCCACAACAACUACCGAGUCUACGACGAAAAGAGGCAGUUUGUCACAGCCCAUUCUCAUAUCGGUAGCAGAGCCAUCAUCUCCGGAUCAGUUCCAAUCAUAGCUGAUGAGAUCCACCUGAGGCUGAGCGGCGGCCCCAACGGGUGCGCAGGCAAUGUGGAGAUCUACUACUUUGGACUCUGGGAGAAGGUGUGUGGCUACCUGUGGGACAUGCAGGAUGCCCAGGUGGUGUGCAGGCAGCUGGGCUGUGGCUUCCCUGAGGCCAUCAUGUACCCCUUCCCUCCGAGCGACUCCCACUCCUUCGAAGUGUUCACCGAGAUGAACUGUACGGGCAGUGAGGAGUUCCUGUGGUACUGCCCCUACAAAUACCAGUAUGAUGGCUGUUACCAUCAUGGAGCUGCUUCUGUCAUCUGCUCAGACUCCGGAAUGACAGUGCCUCCAACAACAGUUCCAAUCAUAGCUGAUGAGAUCCACCUGAGGCUGAGCGGCGGCCCCAACGAGUGCGCAGGCAAUGUGGAGAUCUACUACUUUGGACUCUGGGAGAAGGUGUGUGGCUACCUGUGGGACAUGCAGGAUGCCCAGGUGGUGUGCAGGCAGCUGGGCUGUGGCUUCCCUGAGGCCAUCAUGUACCCCUUCCCUCCGAGCGACUCCCACUCCUCCGAAGUGUUCACCGAGAUGAACUGUACGGGCAGUGAGGAGUUCCUGUGGUACUGCCCCUACAAAUACCAGUAUGAUGGCUGUUACCAUCAUGGAGCUGCUUCUGUCAUCUGCUCAGACUCCGGAAUGACAGUGCCUCCAACAACAGUCAUAGUUGAAGAGAUCCACCUGAGGCUGAGCGGCGGCCCCAACGAGUGCGCAGGCAAUGUGGAGAUCUACAGCUUUGGAUUUGGGGAGAAGGUGUGCGGUUACCUGUGGGACAUGCAGGAUGCCCAGGUGGUGUGCAGGCAGCUGGGCUGUGGCUUCCCUGUUGCCAUCAUGUACCCCUUCCCUCCGAGCGACUCCCACUCCUCCUACCUGUUCACUGAGAUGAACUGUACGGGCAGUGAGGAGCUCCUGUGGUACUGCCCCUACAAAUACCAGUACGGUGCAUGUUACCUUGGAGCUGCUUCUGUCAUCUGCUCAGACUCCGGAAUGACAGUGCCUCCAACAACAGGGAACAUGCCCUGUAGUGGCAUACUGUAUGGAUUGUCUGGCACCUUUGAGAGCCCAGGAUACCCCAACUCCUACCCCAACAACGCCUACUGCGUGUGGAUCAUCCGUCCGUGGGACACGGCCCGCAGGAUCCAGCUCCAGUUUACAGAUGUGGAGCUGGAGGGCAGCAGCUGCUCCUACGAUGCCAUCGAGGUGUUUGAUGGAGGCUCCCCCCAGAGCAGGCUCCUGGGCCGUGUUUGCAGGAACGACCACCGUGUCUUCAACUCCUCUGGGAACCAGCUCACCGUCCUGUUCCGCAGCGACGGCAGCGUCACCAAGAGGGGCUUCCAGGCCUACUACUCCUCAUUUGUUGCCUUCAGUACCACCAUGGCUCCCAAUACUUCUACUGCAUCACCAACCCCAGGAAAUGUCUCCUGUGGUGGCUUACUGCAGGGAUUGUCUGGCACCUUUGAGAGCCCGGGAUACCCCAACUCCUACCCCAACAACGCCUACUGCGUGUGGAUCAUCCGUCCGUGGGACACGGCCCGCAGGAUCCAGCUCCAGUUUACGGAUGUGGAGCUGGAGGGCAGCAGCUGCUCCUACGAUGCCAUCGAGGUGUUUGAUGGAGGCUCCCCCCAGAGCAGGCUCCUGGGCCAUGUUUGCAGGAACGACCACCGUGUCUUCAACUCCUCUGGGAACCAGCUCACCGUCCUGUUCCGCAGCGACAGCAGCGUCUCCAAGAGGGGCUUCCAGGCCUACUACUCCUCAUUUGUUGCCUUCAGUACCACCAUGGCUCCCAAUACUUCUACUGCAUCACCAACCCCAGGGAACGUCUCCUGUGGUGGCUUACUGCAGGGAUUGUCUGGCACCCUCCAGAGCCCGGGAUACCCCAACUCCUACCCCAACAACGCCUACUGCGUGUGGAUCAUCCGUCCGUGGGACACGGCCCGCAGGAUCCAGCUCCAGUUUACGGAUGUGGAGCUGGAGGGCAGCAGCUGCUCCUACGAUGCCAUCGAGGUGUUUGAUGGAGGCUCCCCCCAGAGCAGGCUCCUGGGCCGUGUUUGCAGGAACGACCACCGUGUCUUCAACUCCUCUGGGAACCAGCUCACCGUCCUGUUCCGCAGCGACAUCAGCAUCACCAAGAGGGGCUUCCACGCCUACUACUCCUCAUUUGUUGCCUUCAGUACCACCAUGGCACCCAAUACUUCUACUGCAUCACCAACCCCAGGGAACGUCUCCUGUGGUGGUUUACUGCAAGGAUUGUCUGGCACCCUCCAGAGCCCGGGAUACCCCAACUCCUACCCCAACAACGCCUACUGCGUGUGGAUCAUCCGUCCGUGGGACACGGCCCGCAGGAUCCAGCUCCAGUUUACGGAUGUGGAGCUGGAGGGCAGCAGCUGCUCCUACGAUGCCAUCGAGGUGUUUGAUGGAGGCUCCCCCCAGAGCAGGCUCCUGGGCCGUGUUUGCAGGAACGACCACCGUGUCUUCAACUCCUCUGGGAACCAGCUCACCGUCCUGUUCCGCAGCGACAUCAGCAUCACCAAGAGGGGCUUCCAGGCCUACUACUCCUCAUUUGUUGCCUUCAGUACCACCAUGGCUCCCAAUACUUCUACUGCAUCACCAACCCCAGAAGAUUAUUCUUGUGGUGGCUUGCUCUCCUCUUCAUCUGGUACUUUACAGAGCCCAUUUUACCCUAGAAAUUAUCCAAACAAUGCUGACUGCGUGUGGGAAAUAGAAGUAGAAAGCAACUUUCGUGUCACGCUUACAUUUACAGAUAUUCAGAUGGAAGGUGGCAGAUGCCUCUCUGACUAUGUGGAAAUCUACGAUGGGCCCCUGCACAGCUCUCCUCUCCUUGGGAAGAUUUGUUCUGGUUAUUACCCCACAUACACAUCGUCCUCCAACCUGCUGAGCGUCCGCUUCCACAGCAACUCCCGAUACACGUACAGAGGCUUCCAGGCCAACUAUCACUCCACUCGUGCUGAUGACAGCACCACCCUGCUGUGUUUGCCAGACUACAUGCACGUGGUUGUGAGCAGAUACUUCCUUCAGUCCCACGGCUACUCUGCUUGGAACCUGACCCUGAACGACCCCCUUUGCACACCCAACAUCACAUCAAAUUCUGUGUCAUUCGACAUUCCGUACACUCGCUGUGGCACUGUCAGAGAGGGGAACAAUGACACAAUCAGCUAUUCCAACACUAUUAGAGGGUCCUCUUCUGGUACGUUAAUCACAAGAAAUAGAAAUCUUCUCUUGCAUGUCAACUGCAAGAUGCUCCAGAACACAUGGGCAAAAACGAUGUACGUCGCGGACGACAACUUUGAAGUGAAUGAAACUCAGUAUGAGAGAUACGAUGUCAACCUCACAUUUUAUGACUCCUCGAGCUUCUCAAGGCCAGUGUAUGACUCACCCUACCGUGUUGCCAUCAACCAGAAUUUGUUCCUACAAGCUUCCCUGCACAGCUCUGACCCAUCCCUGGAGUUAUUUCUGGACACUUGUGUGGCAUCUCCCACUCGCCACAAUUUUACAACAAAGUCCUAUGCUAUAAUCGAGAAUGGGUGUGCCAAAGAUCCCACCUAUGCUACGUAUUACUCACCCUUCAGACACACCCUCAGGUUUAAAUUCAACGCCUUCCAGUUCAUUCAGAGCAACCCAGAGGUUUACCUGCAGUGUGAGCUGGUGGUCUGCAGGGCCUAUGAUUAUUCCUCCAGAUGCUACCAAGGCUGUCUUCGAAGGUCCAAGAGAGAGGCCAGCUCUGACAAAGAAAGUGUGAUUGUUGUUGCUGGCCCAAUACAGCUUUGGAAACCUGAGAUAAUGGAUGAACUUGGGUCUGAGUAA